AUGCUGCUCCGACGUUUCCCUCGCUUCGACGUCGCCCCGCCUGGAGACUCCGCACACCUCUCCUCGUUGUGGAGUCGACCACACACCGCUGGACGACUCGCCUGCACGCCCAGCAGCUCGACCGCCGGCACAAGCUACAUACAGCCACGCCAGGAUGACUGCGAUGCGACGACACCGCCGGACGAGCGUCUCCUCCCGCUCGACCAACUUCAUCAAUUCCGGACGCCAACUCGUCACCACGGCCUCGCGUGGGCGUUUGAGCAGGCUUGCAGGGUCACCAACGGAGCUCUGAAUGCUGGCAAGGGGCAGGCGCAGCCUCAUAAGGGGGUGGUCGAGCGACACCAGCUUCCGACCUCGAUGCGCGGCACGGGCUGA